UUUUAAUUAUAGAGCAAAUGCGUAUUUUGAGUAAUAUUAAUAAACAUACUUAAAAAUUAUAGGAGGUUUUGAAAAACUUGAAUCUCUGAAAGAAAUAAUCUGCGGAAAUAACAGAAACUUGAUGGUGGGGGAAAAGAGUUAUAUCUAUCUUGCGACUUGCACGCACCGUGUCGCACCGGUCAGAAAUUCAAAAUAUUCAGCGACGCAUCGUCGGUAAUUUCGAAUUCGAGACAUCAAUAACAUAACAUAACCUCAAUUAACGAAAUAAAUAAUGGCAAAACAAUAUGGACUUGUUUUACCAAAAAAGAAUUUGUCUGCUCCCAAGGCUGGGAAUGUUUUUGGUAAUGACGAUGAUUCUGAAGAAGAAGGAGGAACUGAUUGGGUAAAAAAAGCAUUGAAGGCUGAAAAUGAGAAAAAUAAAAUUAAGAGGCAAACGCAGAUUAAUAUGCAAAAGGCAUUGAAGGAAGACCCAAGCAUAUUUCAGUAUGACGAAGUUUAUGAUGAAAUUGAGCGCACUAAGGAGGAGGAAAGAUCUGUGAAAAAAGUAGAAAAGAAAGCAAAAUAUAUCGACAACUUAUUGAAAACUGCAGAGCUUAGAAAGAAGGAACAAGAACUCAGAAAAGACAGGAUAAUUCAGAAGGAAAUAGAGGCAGAAGAUGCUAUGUUUCCUGAUAAAGAACGGUAUGUGACCUCAAGUUAUAAAGCAAAACUAGAAGAAAUGAAAAAGUUUGAAGCAGAGCAAGAUAAUCAAGACAGAUUAGAAGCCAUCGGAGAUGUCACAAAACAAAAAGACAUGUCUGGCUUUUAUAGACAUUUGUACAGGCAAACUGUAGAGAAAAAUGAUGCAGAUCUUGGAAUCAAACCUAAAAUUAGCAAAGAAAGUGAAAAGGUUGAAGAAAAAUUAGAAUUGAAAGAUGAUAUUGAUAAAGAUGAUCCGAUUCCUUCAGACUCAGAAUCAGAUGAUGAUGCAAAAGACAUUCCCAAAAGCUCUUCUGUAGCUAAACUAAAAAAGAAAAGGCAAUACCGUAAAAGAGCACAAGAGGCUUCAGAAUCAGAAUCUGAACCUGAGCCUGAAAAGCAAAGAGAGAAAGAAGGAGAAGCUGAAACAGAUAAGUCUGAGAAAACGGAUAGUAAACAUGAAUCAGAAUCACCAUCUAAGAAAGCAAAGACAUCUGACGAAGUUGAAGAUGAAGAAGAAAAGAGCAGCAUACCUUCUGCUGAAGAGGUUGCAAAGCUUCUUAAUAAAAAAUACGCAGAGAAAACCACCGAAGAAACUCCAACUCCUAAUGGAGUUAAAGAGACAGUAGAAGAGAAGCCUAAAGUUGAAGAGAAGGUAAAAAUAAAUAUUUGGGAAAAGAGAACUGUUGGUCCUAUCUUUGAAGCUGCAUUACAGAGAUAUCUAAUAAGAAAACAGGAGAGAUUAGCAGGAUCUUAAAGUUUGAUAUGAUUUUCAUUAUAAUAAAUAUAUGAUAUGAAUUCACUUUUAGUAUAAUAUAGUAGUAUAGUGAUUGACUUCUACUUCAUGUUUUGUAAAUAAAUAUAAAAACUCAACUACUUUUGUCGACAAUAGUAAAGUAUGUUAAGAGUUAAACCUGUACAAAUAUAGUUCUAAGUUAUCUAAUUUCAUACAUACACAUAAAUGUUAAAUAAAAGUUAUGGCAUUAAGCAUAAUCCUA